UUAGUUCAUAUUUCACUAAAAUUAUUUCCCUAUUUAUUAUUUGUUCAAUUACUUUGGUUGAAUCAUUCAAUUGUCCUUUAACUCCAAAUCCUCAUGAAGCUCUUCAAACCUUCAUUAUUCAGCUCUCCCCAACGGCCUCAAAAGAUGUAAUAAAUAAUCACUUUGCAAUGUUAACAUCUUGUUUUAAUAAAAAAAUUAGCAGUGAUUCAGCUAUUCAAUCAAGUAAUCCUAGCAUUAUUAGAGAUGUCAGUUUUGGAUCAUUCAAUUGUUACAUUGGAAAGUUUGGUCCUAGUGAUGCUGCUGGAUUGGCUAAUUUACCUGAGGUUGUUAAUGUAGAACGUGAUAGAGCAUUUAGAAUUAAUUCAUUUCCAACCUAUUUUAGCCCUCCAACAACAACUGCUACUAUGAUUCCUCCUACCAUGCCUAUCAAUCUGGAUCGUAUUGACCAACAACACCGUCCAUUGGAUGGAAACUAUACUUGUCCUAAAAGUGCUGGAUCUAAAGUAAAUGUUUAUAUUGUUGAUACCAUGUCUAUAGGUGGCCCUAAGUCAGACGCUGUAAAUAAUGCAACUGUAGAAGUAGGUAAAAAGGGUGUUCAUUUUGUUGUCGCUGCGGGAAAUGAUUUCGGAGGAGAUACUUGUGAAAUCUCACCAGCAUCAGCACCUAAUGCCAUAGCAGUUGGAGCUACUGUUACUGAUACUGAUAACAUCACAGACUUUUCAAACAUUGGAAAAUGUGUUAAUAUCUUUGCACCAGGCACGGAUAUCACUGCAGCUGGUAAUCGGUCUCCUAUUGACUUACUUAAAGAAUCAGGAGCCAGUUCAGCAUCCCCUCACGUCGCUGGAACAGUUGCUUUGAUUAUUGCAUCUAGCGGAAAUGGACCUCCUGAUGAAAUGAAGCAAUUCCUCGACAAAUUAUCUACAAAAAAUGUAGUAGGGGGUGAUCUUAAGGGUUCUCCAAAUAGAUUUAUACGUGUUCCACGUCCUUAA